GUCCCUCAGCCAGCAGAGUAUCUGAUUGGCUUUCCUGCUGUCCUCCAGCAUCUUGGCUCAGUUAACAGGGCUCUGAUGCCUUUACUUUCAGUUUCCUUUCUGCUGCAGCCUGUGAUGCUCUCAGCAGUGUGUGUGUGGUGUACUCCCAGAGAGAGCAGCAGAGGAGCAGAGGCAGGGAAGCAGAGGGGAGUCUGAAGCAGCUGGGACCUGCUCUUGCACCUGUGGGAUGGGGACCAGACAAUGGCUUUGUAUUCUUCUUGCAGAUUCUUCUUGCAGAUUCUUCUAGGUUGGCAAGUUGCCAUGAUCGGAUCCCAAAUGAUGGCUCCCAUUUGUCUGGUGGAAAACCAGAAGGAUUGGCUGUAUGUGAACCAGAAAGCCAUAGAGAUUCUGAACAAGAUUUCGCAGCCAGUGGUAGUUGUGGCUAUUGUUGGAUUGUACCGUACAGGGAAGUCCUACCUGAUGAACCGUCUGUUAGGACAGAAUCACGGCUUCCCUCUGGGCUCCACUGUGCAGUCUGAAACCAAGGGCAUCUGGAUGUGGUGUGUGCCCCAUCCCACUAAACCAAACAACACCCUGGUUCUUCUGGAUACUGAGGGCCUGGGUGACGUGGAAAAGGUUGACCCUACAAAUGACUCAUGGAUCUUUGCCCUGGCUGUGCUUCUGAGCAGCACCUUUGUCUACAACAGCAUGGGCACCAUCAACCACCAGGCCCUGGAGCAGCUGCAUUAUGUCACAGAACUCACUGAGCUGAUCAGGGCAAAGUCUUCCCCAAGUCCUGAUGGAAUAAAGAAUUCCACAGAGUUUGUGAGUUUCUUCCCAGACUUCAUCUGGACUGUUCGGGAUUUUACCCUGGAGCUGAAGUUAGAUGGAAAGAGCAUCACGGAGGACGAGUACCUGGAGAACGCACUGAAGCUGAUCCCAGGCAAUAGUACCAGAAUCCAAGCAUCCAAUCUGCCCAGAGAGUGCAUCAGACGUUUCUUCCCUAAACGGAAGUGUUUUGUCUUUGACCGGCCAACAAAUGACAAAGAACUGUUAUGCAAAAUUGAGACUAUCUCAGAAGACCAACUGUAUCCUAAGUUCCAGGAACAAAUGAGGGCUUUUGUUUCUUACAUCUUCACCGAGGCAAAGAUCAAGACACUCAGAGAGGGAAUUAAGGUCACUGGGAGUCGAUUGGGGACUCUGGUGACGACCUACGUGGAUGCCAUCAACAGUGGAGCUGUGCCUUGUCUGGAUGAUGCGGUGACAACUCUGGCCCAGCGUGAGAACUCAGCAGCUGUGCAGAAGGCAGCUGAGCACUACAGUGAGCAGAUGGGCCAGCGACUGAGGCUCCCCACAGACACGCUCCAGGAGCUGCUGGGUGUGCAUACAGCCUGUGAGAAGGAAGCCAUUGCUGUCUUCAUGGAGCACUCCUUCAAGGAUGAAAACCAGCAAUUCCAGAAGAAACUGUUGGAAUUAAUAGAUGAGAAGAAAAGCAUGUUCAUGUUGAAGAAUGAAGAAGCAUCAGAUCAAUACUGCCAGGAAGAACUCAAUCGUCUUUCAAAGGCUUUUAUAGAAAAUAUUUCAACAUUUUUUGUUCCUGGAGGGCACAGGCUCUACAUGAAAAUGAGGAAGAAGAUUGAGGAUGACUAUUGGCAGGUGCCCCGAAAAGGGGAGAAGGCAAGUGAAGUCUUCCAGAGAUUUCUGAAGUCACAGGCCACCAUCGAGAGUUCCAUCCUGCAGGCAGAUACAGCCCUCACAGCUAGGGAGAAGGCCAUUGCAGAGGAGCGGGCCCAGAAGGAGGCAGCAGAGAAGGAACAAGACCUGCUUAGACAGAAGCAGGAGGAGCAGGAGCAACUAAUGGAGGCUCAAAAGAGAAGUCACAAGGAAAACCUCGAACAACUGAGAAUGAAGCUGGUGCAGGAGAGAAAGCAGCUCAUAAGAGACCAGGAAAAGAUGCUGGAGAAGCAGCUGCAGGAUCAAAAGGCUUUGCUUGAAGAAGGAUUUAAGAAGAAAUCUGAGAAAAUGAGUGGAGAAAUAGAGCGAUUGAAAUCUAACCUCAAGGAUAUGAAGGAAAACAGUGGUUCCAUUUUAGAGAAUAUUCUAAAAGAAUUUGCUAAAGCAAUCUGUGGUCCUUUUUUCUUGAUCAUGGACAUUAUAGAUGGCCUUACUUCAUCAUUUAAAUAGGAUUUAUUUAAAUCUUUUUUAAAAAGUCUUCUUUGGAUGAAAUGAUGAUCCAUGAAUAUAUACUUUGUCUUUCUUUGAAGCUUCAUGUUUUCAUUUUCAUUCAGCCAACUAAACAGAAGAGUGUGGAUUAGAGGACAUCCAUGCCUCACCUGAAGUACAUAGAACAUGCGUACACAUGAUGGAGGAAGGUCAUUGGCUAAUAAAGAAACUGCUUUGGCCCAUUUGAUAGGCCAGCCUUUAGGUGGGUGGAGUAAUGGGAGGAAGAGGAAGUGAGCUCAGACUCGACAGCUCUGCUCUCUGGAGCAGACUCCAUGCUCCCCUCUCCCCGGCAGACGCAAUAAAGCUCCGACCCAGGGUGGACGUAGGCUAGAAUCUUCCCGAUAAGCACACCUUGGGGUGCUACACACAUGAAUAGAAAUGGGCCAAGCAGUGUUUAAAAGAAUACAAUGCAUGUGUUGUUAUUUCGGGUAUAAAGCUAACCAUGCGGGAGCCGGGCAGGACGAAAAGCAGGCCUGCAGCUCCCUACUACAUACACACGUUUGCACAGUGUUUGCUUUUAGGGGACAAAUUUUGAAACCAUUUGUAUGAAAGUGAUGUGAUUAGUUAUUGUACACUGUGACAGUUACUGUUGGCCAACUUGACUGGGUACAGAAUCACCUAGGACACAAGCUCAUCUGCACCUGUGAAGACCAUCUCAUCUAGGUUAGCUUGUAGGGGCAUCAUCUCAGGUUACUAUGGUAGGAAACCCACCUCAUGGGUGGGUAGCACCAUCCCUCUGGACUUGGGACCUAGUUAGAAAGUAAAAGAAAGCAGGACACUAACGUCCAUCACUUGUGACAUACCAAUGGGAUGCCAUGUGAUCAACCAGCCCCCAGUUCUUUCUGCAUGCCUUCUCUACCAUGCUAAAUAUAUCACUUGCAGCCAUGAGCUCGAACAACCCUUUUUUUUUUCUUAAGUUGCUUUUGUUGGGGUAUUUUGUCAUUGAUAGUUGGUGUGGGAGGUUCUUCUGUCUAUGUGUUGCUCUCAUUGGUGUAAUAAAGAAACUGCUUUGGCCUUUUGAUAGGGCAGAACUUAGAUAGGUGGAGUAGACCGAACUAAAUUCUGGGAAGAAAGGCAGUGUGGCAGACACCAUGAAGCUCCUGCCUGAGACCGAUGCUGGUUAGAAUCUUUCCCAGUAAGCCAUGACCUUAUGGUGAUACACAGAUUGGUGGAAAUGGGUUAGAUCAGGAUGAGAAAGUUAGCCAAGAAGAGGCUAGAUAUAAUGGGCCAGGCAGUAAUUUAAUUAAUAAAAUUUUCUAUGUGGUUAUUUCAGAGGUUAAGCCAGGACACAGCCCACUCCUUCUACAACAGAUAGUGUUGUAAUGGUGAUAAAUUUGGAAACUACUUAAACAUCAUUGAAUAAGAUUGGUAACAAAUUUUAAUGUCUUGAUCCUGGGUUACUAUAUAGCCAAGAAACAAAUGUCAAUCAAGCUUCCUGUAUACUAACGUAAAUUCAGCUUAAAGAUUUCUUAUAAAAUAAAGUGGAAACUCCAUGUUAUAGUGUGAUUGAUAUUACAGAUGCUCCUAUCCCACGCAAAUGCACAGGAGCACAGAUCAAUUGCCUCCGGAAGAUUAAUGGGAUACCGAUCCUUUGGUUUCAUCUCUGGAGAACAAAUUGGAAUCAAAACUUGAAGAGACAUAUGUAUUUCUUUAUGUACUAGUCUUUUAGGUUUUAUAAAGGAUGCUGGGAAAACAGUAUGUUUGCAUUUUAAAUGGGUGAUAAAGGAAAAUGCACUAUUUCUUGAUGGCAUUUCUGUUUCUAGAAACAGCAGAAGCUUUCAGACGAUAGCUAAGAUGAGGACUUGAUUGCCAGGAAGCAAAAUGUUGGCACCUUAAUGAUGUUUUUCCUUUGAGGCUUUUAAUAAAAAUAAUUUAUAUAACAAUCUUAUCUAACCCAAUAUAUCAAAAUAUUAUUUCCAUGUGAAGUCAAUAUAAUUUGUGCAUGCAUGCCAUCUUUUAACAUUAUAUUUAUUUAGUUGCAAAGUAAGAGGAAACUGUAUU